CAGCGGGGCGCUCUCACUUCCCCGGAGCAGCCCUCUGGCGCGUCGUUUCGUCGGUCAGUCGGUGCGCGUCCUCCCUCUCCAUGGAGUUCCUUGUGCGGCUGUUGGCCCUUGCCCUGGCGCUGGCCCUGGGUCCCGCCGUGACCCUGGCGGGUCCAGCCAAGUCACCUUAUCAGCUGGUGCUGCAGCACAGCCGGCUCCGGGGCCGCCAGCACGGCCCCAACGUGUGUGCUGUGCAGAAGCUAAUUGGCACCAACAAGAAGUAUUUCACCAACUGCAAGCAGUGGUACCAGAGGAAAAUCUGUGGUAAAUCAACAGUCAUCAGCUACGAGUGCUGUCCUGGAUAUGAGAAGGUCCCAGGAGAGAAGGGCUGUCCAGCAGCCCUUCCUCUCUCAAAUCUGUACGAGACCCUGGGAGUUGUCGGAUCCACCACCACUCAGCUGUACACAGACCGCACAGAGAAGCUGAGGCCUGAGAUGGAGGGGCCCGGCAGCUUCACCAUCUUCGCCCCUAGCAACGAGGCCUGGGCUUCCUUGCCAGCGGAAGUUCUGGACUCCCUGGUGAGCAAUGUCAACAUUGAGCUGCUCAACGCUCUCCGCUACCACAUGGUGGACAGGAGGGUCCUGACUGAUGAGCUGAAGCACGGCAUGUCCCUCACCUCCAUGUACCAGAAUUCCAACAUCCAAAUCCACCACUAUCCCAAUGGGAUUGUAACUGUCAACUGUGCUCGGCUGCUGAAAGCUGACCACCAUGCCACCAACGGUGUGGUGCACCUCAUUGACAAGGUCAUCUCCACCAUUACCAACAACAUCCAGCAGAUCAUUGAGAUUGAGGACACCUUCGAGACCCUUCGGGCUGCUGUGGCUGCAUCAGGGCUCAACACCGUGCUUGAGAGUGAUGGCCAGUUCACUCUCCUGGCUCCAACCAAUGAGGCCUUUGAGAAGAUCCCUGCUGAGACCCUGAACCGAAUCCUGGGUGACCCUGAGGCUCUAAGAGACCUGCUGAACAACCACAUCCUGAAGUCGGCCAUGUGUGCCGAGGCCAUUGUUGCGGGGAUGUCCAUGGAGACUCUGGAGGGCACCACACUGGAGGUGGGCUGCAGCGGGGACAUGCUCACUGUCAAUGGGAAGGCCAUCAUCUCCAACAAAGACAUCCUGGCCACCAAUGGUGUGAUCCAUUUCAUAGAUGAGCUGCUCAUCCCAGAUUCAGCCAAGACGCUGUUUGAGUUGGCUGCCGAGUCUGACGUUUCCACAGCCAUUGACCUUUUCAGACAAGCGGGCCUCGGCACACAUCUCUCCGGAAAUGAACGGUUGACCCUUCUGGCCCCCCUGAAUUCUGUAUUCAAAGAUGGAACUCCUCGAAUUGAUGCCCAAACAAAGAAUUUGCUUCUGAACCACAUAGUUAAAGACCAGGUGGCUUCCAAGUAUCUGUAUCAUGGACAGACCCUGGAAACGCUGGGUGGCAAGAAACUGAGAGUUUUUGUCUAUCGUAAUAGCCUGUGCAUCGAGAAUAGCUGCAUUGCUGCCCAUGACAAAAGGGGGCGGUACGGGACUCUGUUCACCAUGGACCGGAUGCUGACCCCUCCCAUGGGGACUGUCAUGGACAUCCUGAAGGGUGACAGUCGCUUUAGCAUGCUGGUAGCUGCCAUCCAGUCUGCAGGGCUGACAGAGACCCUCAACCGGGAAGGGGUCUACACAGUCUUUGCUCCAACAAAUGAAGCCUUCCAAGCCAUGCCACCAGGAGAACUGAACAAACUCUUGGGAAAUGCCAAAGAACUUGCCAACAUCCUGAAAUACCAUGUAGGUGAUGAAAUCCUGGUUAGUGGAGGCAUUGGGGCCCUGGUGCGAUUGAAGUCUCUCCAAGGAGACAAGCUGGAAGUCAGUUCGAAAAACAAUGUAGUGAAUGUCAAUAAGGAACCUGUUGCUGAAGCUGACAUCAUGGCUACAAAUGGCGUGGUCCAUGCCAUCACCAGCAUUCUUCAGCCUCCAGCCAACAGACCUCAGGAACGAGGGGAUGAGCUUGCAGACUCUGCCCUGGAAAUCUUCAAACAGGCAUCUGCAUUUUCCAGGGCUUCCCAGAGGUCUGUGAGACUAGCCCCUGUCUACCAGAGGUUGUUGGAGAGGAUGAAGCAUUAGCACGAAGGGCCACAGGAGGAAUGCACCUCCCAGCUUCCCGCCGAUUUCUCUCAGUUUGCCAAAGAGACUAUUUGAAUAUUUUUGAAACCAAAUAUCACACUUCAAUACACCUGGGCCGCACCAUAAUGAGAUCUGAGCCUUGGGCUACUGGGGGUGGGGUGGGAGAAUAUGUGCUUUUUACUUUUUGUUCCCCCUAAACAUGGUUGUUGAUCUACUGCGUGUCUACUGGAUGUCGUUACGUGACAUUCAUUUCCAGAAAGGACUCACCCCAAAUGUGGAAAUUUCCUGCCUAUGCCAAGUGCCUGGAAAAGAGCUGCAGCAUUGUGGAGCUCACAAACCGUGAAUCAAGCAAUGCAGCACUCUGGGAAGUUCCGGCACGGUUUGGUAACGCUCUUCCUGCACAGCUGGAGAAAUGGCGUCAUUAUAAGCUAUGAGUUGAACUGUUUCUGUCAAAUGUGUCUUGCAUCCACAUGUGGCUUGGACGCUUCUAUGUGGCCCUGUCCAGGUAGAAAAGGAUGUAAAGCCCUUAUUUCCUGAGUAUGACAGCCAAGGUGUGUUUGUAAUAAUAAAACCAGUGAACUAGA